CCUGCUCACCGGCUCCUGUUUUUCUUUCCAUCCAUUAGGCAAUCCUGAAUGCUCCACAACUUGCAGAGGUCUCCUAGCAACCCUCCUUAGGAAUUCUGUCUGGCCCUGAUUAGGAAGCUGGAGCCAAGGCCCCGAGAUUGAUGAGUUUGCUUUGGGAGUCGGCAAGGAGGUGAAAGCAAGGCGACCAUGGGUCAGAAGGUCACCGGAGGCAUCAAGACUGUGGACAUGAGGGACCCCACGUACCGGCCCCUGAAGCAGGAACUCCAGGGUCUGGAUUACUGCAAGCCCACCCGGCUGGACCUGCUGCUGGACAUGCCCCCCGUGUCCUACGACAUCCAGCUGCUCCACUCUUGGAACAACAAUGACCGCUCACUUAACGUCUUCGUGAAGGAGGACGACAAGCUCAUCUUUCACCGGCAUCCGGUGGCCCAGAGCACAGACGCUAUCAGGGGCAAAGUCGGGUACACGCGUGGGCUGCAUGUGUGGCAGAUCACAUGGGCCAUGAGGCAGCGUGGCACGCACGCCGUGGUGGGAGUGGCAACAGCGGACGCCCCCCUACACUCUGUGGGGUACACGACCCUUGUGGGGAAUAACCAUGAGUCCUGGGGCUGGGACUUGGGGCGCAACCGGCUCUACCAUGAUGGCAAGAACCAGCCGAGCAAGACGUACCCGGCCUUUCUGGAACCAGACGAGACGUUCAUCGUCCCUGACUCCUUCCUCGUGGCUCUGGACAUGGAUGACGGGACCCUGAGUUUCAUUGUGGAUGGACAGUACAUGGGAGUGGCUUUUCGGGGACUCAAGGGCAAAAAACUGUAUCCUGUAGUGAGUGCCGUCUGGGGCCACUGUGAAAUCCGCAUGCGCUACUUGAACGGACUUGAUCCUGAGCCCCUGCCGCUCAUGGAUCUCUGCCGUCGCUCGGUGCGCCUGGCCCUGGGGAAGGAGCGCCUGGGGGCGAUCCACACGCUGCCACUGCCCGCCUCCCUCAAGGCCUACCUCCUCUAUCAGUGACGCCCACCCCAGGACCACCAGUGCAACAGUCGCCCGGUACCACCUCACUGAGCCGCCCGCCGCAGGGUCGCCACACCCCACUCCUCGGACUGGUGUCCGCAGCCGUGGGCAGAAGGCCUGAGCGUCCUCUUCACCCUCCCUGGCCACCUCCGCUGGACAAGGACUGAUUCUGACACGGGCGCCUCAUGUCCCUGCCCAACAGUGGGAGAAGGCAGUGUCCCUGCAUGCCAUACACAGCCCCUCCUUGAAAAAGACACAGAGAAUAAACUCCCACGAACUCUA